UGAAACGGAAGUCAGCUCCUUUGUCUUCCAUUAAAUGCUAAACUAAAUGAGAAGCAUAUGACUUUGCUUGUCUUUAUUGCAUGAAACUGUAGUUGGUCCAGUUAAAGCUUUGAACGAUAAGAGCAACUAUAUUAACAUAUUAAGUUGAAUAUUUUCCAAUAUAUUAGUCGAGCAGGACUGAUUUAUCAUUUUGCAUUCAAGACUGCAUGCUGACCCAGCCUUAUUUACCCCACGGAAGGUGCUUUUAAAGUUUGACAGUUUUUGUAGUAGUAUCAUUUCAGACUGCUGAAAAUAAUCUCACUCUUGUCUAGCCAUUUGGAAUUAAUGAAGAGAAAACCAUAUUGAAACAGUCACACAAGAGAUCUCAAUCAGCGAAAACGUCACAAAGAAAUCAUUCUGCUUAGUCCUUCCAGCUCAAUACAAGCCUCAGCCUCUCAAAAUGAAGACUUUGCAGAAAUUUGGUCUCUUCUUUUAUUUUUUGUUGCCCUUGGUGAAGUUGGCACCACCUAAACAACACUCAGCCACAUUUUAUGACCCUGGUUUGGCCACUCUUGAAGAGACAAUAUUUAAGCAAAGUUAUGAAGACAUAAUAUUUAAGGAGGAUUAUGAAGACAAGCCACAGGAUGCAGUAAAAAAUCAGGAAAGCAAUGAUAUGCUCCUUUUCCACGAAAAUGAACUGCAAAUGCAGAGAGAUGAAGAGAUACUUAGUGAGGGAUCAACAAAUUUAACAGAUUUGGCUACUUGUCUGCUGUGUGUUUGUUUAAGUGGUUCAGUUUACUGUGAAGAAACAGAUAUGGAAAGUGUUCCAGCUCUGCCAAAAGAAACUGGCUAUCUUUAUGCACGUUUCAACAAAAUCAAGAAGCUGAAAGUAUCUGAUUUUGCUGAAAUUCCCACACUGAAAAGAAUAGAUUUGACUGGAAAUAUGAUACAAGAUAUUGAAGAUGGGACCUUUGCAAAACUAGUAUUAUUAGAAGAACUUUCACUUGCUGAUAAUAGACUUGCCAAGCUUCCAACUUUGCCUCCAAAGCUAACUUCACUGAAAGCAAACAAUAACUUUAUUAAAAGCAGAGGAAUUAAAGCAAACGCUUUCAAGAAGCUGACCAACUUGUCAUUUCUUGACCUAGGACACAAUUUACUCGAGUCUGUCCCACUUAACUUGCCAGAGAGCCUGCGUACUCUGAAUCUUCAGUUCAACAACAUAACCAGCAUCACAGAUGAAACAUUCUGCAAAGGGAACAAUCAGACCCGUUACGUUCGGCAACGCAUGGAUAUCAUAAGAAUGGAUGGCAACCCAGUCAUCUUGGGAAAGUACCCCAAUGCUUUUAUGUGCCUGAGAACCUUGCCUAUAGGCACAUACUUUUAAUUAUUAACAAAACUGAAAAUGGUAAAAAGUAGGUAAAGAUUACCAUUUUAUCACGGUUUCAAUUUGUCUUUCCAUGUUAAUAUCUUCACAUAUGUAUAUUCAACACUUUUAGCCGUUAUAACUUCUACCUUAACUUGGUGAAAUUGCACCUUCUGAUUUAAUAAGCCUGAGCCUUUUUUAUUUCUAGAACUUAGACUCAAAUAUAAAACCAGUAACGUAUUCUUUUUUUAAGGGAACCAAUCUACAGGCAAUGCCCCAUCUAUGUGCAUUCAAUAUGUGCAGGACCAUGUAAAUGCACAUCACGCUGAACCCGAAAGUGGCCCAAAAAAUCACAAAAAGGGGCAGAACGGGGAAACGGUGGGGAACAGGGUGUUUGCAGGCUUUUGUUUUCAACUGUUUUUUCAAAUAUGCACUAUUUCACUGACACAUGCAGUACCUCGGAACGUAACCCCCACAUAAAUGGGGGGUUGCCUGUAUUUCAAAAGAAUAAAUAUUUUUCUUAAAAUGCUUUAACACUGUGUGGAGAAUAAUCAGCUGAUGUAGAGAGAAUGGGUAGCAUUCUCAUGUGACCAGUCUAAUGUGUUUUAUAUAGGAAACACAUAAUGCACAACAUGGGAGAAAUGAGACAGACUUUGCUGAAGCAGAAUAAACUUUUGUUAUUUUCUAGCAAACAUAAAGUAGCUGGAUUUAAGACACCAGUUUUUUGUCUAAUGGCAAAGUAGGACACAAUAUAUUGGGGAUAAAAUGGAGGCAACAAACAGCUUUUCAUCUUUAAUCAGUAACAGACCUACAAAAAGAUUUGAGGAAGUUUCCCAUUGUUUAAAGUUGGCAACUUCGUAGUUUGCUUUUCCACUCACAGAAACGGAAGUGAGAAGAGAAAGCAAAGGGUCUGUGUAAAGGUGCAUGAACCACAUACAAAUCCUAGAUUAUUAAGCCAGGAUUUCAUCAUGUGAAUGAGACCAGUCAGAUUGAGUUGUUUAGAUUUCUGAAGCAGAAAUAGUCAGCACCUGAAACUCAUGCUUGGCAAUAUUAAUAUUGCUUAAAAGAUACCAUGCAACAUAGUCUCUGCAUUGAACACUGUUACCAAAAAACAAUUACUAAUUAUCUGAAAAACCCUGAAGAAUAUUAAUAACUGAACAAUUCAUACUGCACCUUAUUGACACUCUUUAAGCUGUCAAUGUACUUAGAAGGGAAAUGCAUCCAUUUUGGUAAUAUUAAGUACAGUCCUAUACAAUUCAAAUAGGUAUUUAAAGACAACCACAAUCUUAUGCACAAUUCUAAGUUAGUCCUAUUGAGCUCUGUGGAACUUGAUUCUACCCAAUCAUGCAUAGUACUUUGCAGUAAGAAUAAGCAAUAACUGUGAAUUUUUAUUGUAUUUAAUAUAUCACUCUCCUCAAGCCACCACAUGACUAUUUUUAGAUUGUGGCAUCUGUGUUGUGAUCAGCCAGAGUUUAAACCCUUAUCUCAAAACAGAAGUCAUUUGGGCUGGUUUGAAUAUAAUUGUCCAACUUUGUGCAUGUCAGCUGAAGACUUCUUCAGAAGUAGGUUCUUUAUCAGUAAAUUCUGCAUUCUCUUUUUUUCAUACCAGAUAUGUUCUUUUCUGAUUUAAUUAUUCACUAGUAUUGAAGAUUUUUACAGCUAUUAAGCUCUGCUCUAGCUAUUCUGCUUUAAUUGUACUAUGUAUCCAAUCUCAUUUACAUGGCAAAAUCUUUAGAGAUUACUGUUUGUUUUUAGUUUGUGUGUGUUACCUAUUGACUAAA